AUGUUGAUGAGAGCUGGUUCUUCUAAUCAGCCAUCGAACGAAGAAGAAGCUGCAGGUCAGUCAAGUCAUUCUGAUGAAAGAGGAGCGUUUGAAGCAUUACUAGCAGAGGCUAAUGAAGAACUUUACGAGGGAUGCACUUCAUUCUCAAAGUUAUCUUUUAUGCUGAAGCUAUAUCACAUCAAGAGUAUAACCAAGAUUAGUGAUAAGGGUUUAUCAAUGAUAAUUGAUCUACUAAGGGAAGCGUUUCAACAUGCCAAGCUGCCUGCUUCACUUCAUGAUUUAAAGAAGACCAUUCAUAAACUUGGACUAGAUUAUGAGCGUAUUCAUGCUUGUCCAAAUGAUUGUAUGCUGUUUUGGGGAGAAGAUUCAGAGCGAGAAGUGUGCAAGAUUUGUAACAUAUCAAGAUGGAAAGGUAAAAGCACAGAAGCAGAAGGAGAGAACGAGGAAGUGUCGGGAAAGAAAAGAAAGAAGAAAAGACAAGCUGCUAAGGUCUUGCGUUACUUUCCACUAAAGCCACGACUUCAAAGAUUGUAUAUGUCAUCCAAGAGUGCAGAAAGUAUGAAGUGGCAUGCAGUUGGAGAAAACAAAGAUGGAAAGCUAAGACAUCCUAGAGAUGGGGAAGCAUGGAAAACAUUUGAUCAAAAGUUUCAUACUUUUGCAUCAGAUUCCAGAAAUGUAAGGCUUGGGUUAGCUACUGAUGGAUUCAAUCCUUUUGGGGCUAUGAGUACAAGUUAUAGUAUAUGGCCAGUUCUUUUGUUUCCAUACAAUCUCCCUCCAUGGAUAGCAAUGAAGCAGUCUUCAACAAUAUUGUCAAUGAUUAUUCCAGGAAAACAAAUGCCUGGGAAUGAUAUUGACGUUUACUUGCAGCCUUUGAUCAAAGAACUGAAAGAGUUAUGGGAUGAUGGUGUUCAAGCAUUUGAUGCUUCAACAAAGGAGAUGUUCUGUUUGCGUGCAGCUUUGAUGUGGACUUUGAGUGAUUUCCGGAUUAGGAAAUUUGUCAGGCUGGAAUAUUCACACGGGUUUAGCAUGUCCUUCUUGUAA